GGAAGAGGCGGCUGCGGCCGAGCCCUGCCGCUGCCCGCGCCAUGUCGGAGCGGCUCGGCAAGCCCACCUGCCUCAUUGUGGCCAGCGCUGCCGCUGCAGGGGUGUCAGCCCAGUCCUUCCUUCAUUGCUUCACACUGACCAGUACUGCUUUUAACCUGCAAGUUGCAACCCCGGGGGGGAAAUCAAUUGAUUUUGUGGAUGUGAAUGAAAACAACAUGCGUUGGAUCCAAGACUUCCGCAUGAAAUCAUAUGCCAGCCCUGCCAAAUUGGAGUCAAUCGAUGGUGCUAGAUAUCAUGCUCUGUUGAUCCCUAGCUGUCCUGGGGCUAUGACUGACCUUGCAAACAGUGGAUACCUAGCUAGAAUAUUGCAGCACUUCAGCACUGAGAACAAACCUAUCUGUGCAGUUGGGCACGGAGUUGCAGCUUUGUGUUGUGCCACCAAUGAGGAUAAAUCCUGGGUGUUUCAGGAAUACAGCCUGACAGGGCCCUCUGUGUAUGAGCUAAUAAGGCAGCCUAAUUUUGCCAGUUUGCCCAUUAUCGUGGAGGAUUUUGUGAAAGAUUCUGGAGCUACAUACAGUGCCAGCAAGCCGGAUGCUGUGCAUGUAGUACUGGACAGGCACCUGGUGACAGGACAGAAUGAGAAUUCCACGGUUCUUUCGGUCCAAAACCUUAUUCUUCUUUGCAACAGCAGGUGAACCUUUUUAGAAGUCCUUUCCUGGCUGUGGACUAACAGGUCAUGUCACGUUUGGAUGCAUUUCAUUCUUCAGGAGAGGAAAGAGCAGGUCUCUGCAGCUAGGAUGGAGGAAGAGUCGGCACACUAAGGCUUUUCAUAUCUGCUAGCURGAUUUAAGCAGCUUUGUUUACAUUUCUGGCAUGGCCUGUGAAAUGACUGUGACAGUGAAGCUGCAGUGCCAGGUUUUGCAAAUAUAGAGUGGAUGAAGGUUGUAAAUAAGAAAACUUCAAAGUUCAUCAUACCCCUGAUGUGAUGAUGAAUCCCUCUUGAAUUUUUGUUACUACAUUUCUUUUUCACUGCAUCCCUGUCUCCGCCCUUAAAAACUUUGAGCUCUGUUUGUGACUCAUGUGGAGGUUGCACAUCAAGUACAAAAAUCUGUACUUAAUCCUACAGGGACCUGCAAGUUGAGGUCUGUUCUUACCCACCUUUUGGUGCGUCACAGAGUUACCAUCUGACUCCGUAUGUGUUUCAAACAAUUGGGUAUGGAAUGUGAUGGAAAAUGCACAGUAAACAUUGUCUGAAUAAAGCAGAACCUGACUGUUUGAAUGCAGUUCACUGUAGUGAUGCUCUUGGCAUAAUGUGUUUCUUUCCUUGUGUGUUCACAUUAAUGCACUUCUAUUUAAAAAAUAACAAUGAUGCAUUUGCUCAACUGAUUUUAAACGGUCUUAAAAUUGCUUAUUUGUUCUGCUCUCUUGUAGUGCACAUGUUACAACUGUAAUUC